UCAGCUCCAACGACCCGACACUGGUGCCAUGUCUCUGUCUGAGCCAGGCAGACUUGUGGCCCGGUCCAGGCGGCCCUUCUUUGGGUUCUGCCUUUGCCAAUUCCCCCUGUGUUUGCUGCUGCCUUUGAUCCUCCUGCUGACCAGACCUUGGAGCGGCAUGUGUGCAGCACUAGCUCCUCCAAGGUUCACAAAAAUUCCCACUGACCAGAUCGGAGUCUCUGGGGGCGUGGCAUCAUUUGUGUGUCAGGCCGUUGGGAACCCGAAGCCUGUCGUCUACUGGAACAAGAAGGGCAAGAAGGUCAACUCCCAGCGCAUUGAGACGAUAGAGUUUGAUGAGGGUGCGGGUGCCGUGCUGAGGAUCCAGCCGCUCAGAGCUCCUCGAGACGAGAAUGUCUACGAGUGUGUGGCACGCAACAGCGAAGGGGAGGUGUCUGUCACUUCCAAGCUGUCCAUCAUGAGAGAAGACACAUUGGAAGCUGGCUUUCCUAGUAUAGACAUGGGCCCUCAGCUGAAAGUGGUGGAGCGAACAAAGACAGCAACCAUGCUGUGCGCUGCCAGCGGCAACCCUGACCCAGAGAUCUCCUGGUUUAAAGACUUCCUGCCUGUUGACCCCAGCACAAGCCAGGGUCGCAUCAAGCAGCUUCGGUCAGGAGCUUUGCAGAUUGAGAACAGCGAUGAGACGGACCAAGGGAAGUACGAGUGUGUGGCCACCAACUCUAAAGGCGUGCGCUACUCUUCUCCUGCAAACCUUUACGUUCGAGAGCUUCGAGAAGGAGCGACAGACACAUUCCGUCGUGUGCCCCCUCGUUUUUCUAUCCUACCCUCCAACCAUGAGAUCAUGCCAGGAGGGAGCGUCAACAUCACCUGCGUGGCCGUGGGGUCCCCCAUGCCUUACGUCAAGUGGAUGCUGGGCAACGAGGACUUGACCCCCGAGGAUGAAAUGCCCAUCGGACGGAAUGUUCUGGAGCUCAACGGUGUCCGAGAGUCUGCCAACUACACCUGCGUGGCCAUGAGCAGCCUGGGAAUCCUGGAGGCCACUGCUCAGGUGUUAGUCAAGACUUUACCAAAACCUCCUGGCACUCCCAUCGUCACGGAGACCACAGCCACCAGCAUCACCAUCACCUGGGAUUCUGGUAAUCCCGACCCUGUGUCAUACUACAUUAUUCAGUACCGAGCCAAAGGGCCGGACAGCAAAUACGAGACCGUGGACAGCAUCACCACCACCCGCUACAGCAUUGGGGGGCUCUACCCCAACACUGAGUACGAGAUCCGGGUGUCAGCUUUCAACAGCAUCGGCCAGGGUCCCCCAUCCACCCGUGUGGAGGCUCGUACAGGAGAACAAGCCCCUGCCAGCCCUCCACAAAGCGUCCAGGCUCACGUCAUUUCUGAGAACAGUGUGUUCAUCCGCUGGGAAGAACCUGAGGAGCCCAAUGGGCAGGUGAAAGGUUACCGUGUGUACUACACUAUGGACCCAUCCCGGCCUAUAAAUGAGUGGCAGAUCCAGAAUGUCCAGGACAGCCUAAUCACCACCAUCCAGAACCUCGUCGCCUCAGAGACCUACAUUGUCCAAGUCCUCGCUUUCACCUCUGUGGGGGAUGGACCCUUCUCAAUUCCUAUCAAAGUCAAAGUGUUGCAUGGAGUUCCAGGCCAACCUGGGAAGUUUAGGGCCGGAAAAGUGACAGACACCAGUAUUGAGCUGACCUGGGAUCCUCCAUUCACUAAGGAGAAAAUUAUCAACUAUGAGCUCCUCUACAAGCCUGUGAAGUUCGGAAGUCUGGAGAAGCUGACCUUCACGCCAAGAACCACCUACACCGUGGAAGGUCUGAAGGCAAACACCGAGUACUCCUUCUCCCUUGCCGCCAUCUCCAGCAAAGGCAUCGGAGCUUUCUCUCAUGAAAUGGUGCAGAGGACGACACAAGCCAAGCCCUCGGCUGCACCAGAGGGUGUGUCCUGCGAGCGGGUCGCCUCCACCUCGCUCAGAGUGAGUUGGAGGCCGCCUCCAGUGGAGGGCCAGAAUGGGGAAUUGGAAAGUUAUGAGCUGAAAUACCAGAGGGUUUCUGGGCCAGGAGGUGGAGAUCAGGGCCUGGAGGUGAAACAGCUUCCUAUCCCAGCCCAUCAGGGCCAGACUGUGAUAGAUGGGUUGGAGAAAUGGAGCUGGUACAAUAUUACCAUGGCAGCAUCCACUGCAGCUGGAACCGGACCCAGCAGCCCACCUGUGAUCUGUAGAACCGAUGAGGAUGUUCCCGGUGCAGCGCCUCGCCAGGUGGACGUCCAGCCGCUUAAUUCCUCAGCACUGCGAGUGACAUGGCGCUCUGUGUUGCCACAGUUACGGCAAGGCCAGAUCCGAGGAUACCAGGUGCAUUUCAGCCGCGCAGAGAGCGGUGAAUCACGCACCCUGCCCCGAAUCAAAGACCUGUUACUGGACGAGUCUCAGAUGGAGGAGGACGAAUCCACUCUGUAUGAGCUGAUUUUAGGAGGUUUGAAAGCAGAGACUUUGUACUCCGUCUCAGUGGCAGCAUACACCACCAAAGGAGAUGGAGCACACAGUAAAGCCAGGCUGGUGAAGACCACAGGGAUUGUGCCAGGCUCCCCCUCCCUCUGGGUACUCCCAGGUUCGGGUUCAUCUGCGGUGGUGAGGUGGGCCCCUCCACUGGACUGCUCGGAGACGGGCUCUGAUGGCCAGAGGGUGCUUGUGGAAAUCCAGGGCUACCGCCUACAGUUUGGCCCGAAAAAUGCUUCUUUAAACGCCACCGUGGAGUUCUCUCAUCGUGAGAGAAACUUCACCGCAGGAGACCUCUCUCCAGGCUCCUCCUACGUCUUUGUCCUCUCCGCACGGAGCCGAGCAGGAUAUGGAGAUGCUGCCAGGAAGGAAUUAACAAUCCCCAUGUUCCCACCUGUGGGAAACCCCAAAAUAAUCGAAUUUGUUAAUGCUACUUGCUGCUCCCUCCAGCUCUCCUGGCUGCCUCCAGCCUCAGAAGAGCGCAAUGGUGUCAUUACCCAAUAUACCAUAGCAUACAGAAUGGCUCCACCCCCCAAACCUUCUUCUGGCCCAGUCCCCUCUGCCAUACCCGACCCAUCUGUUCCUCCAUGGCUGAUCACACUGCCAGCAAGUGAGUCCAGCUACACCAUCCUGGGCCUCAAUCACAGCACAGCCUAUGAGGUGCGAAUCCGAGCCCACAACAAGGCAGGGCCGGGCCCCUUCAGCCCUCCUCUAGUGUGCCUCACUCUGGCCUUUGAAACAGAUGUGCCAAGGAAUUUUUCAGUCAAUCUGGCUACAAUGACCAGCGUUCUCCUCACCUGGGAGUUUCCAGAGACCAGCAAUCCGUACCGCUUCAUUGUGGAGUACAACCGUCAGAAGAUGGAGGUGGACGCUCGUCUGAAAAAGGCAGUCAUUCCCAACCUUCAGCCUGACACCAGCUACGACUUUAAAAUCACCUCUACUGAAGGCAACAUGGGAGGCCUUCGCCACCGCAUCACCGCUAAGACAUCCCCACCGAUCACCAUCCGCCGCCCUGAGAUUGACCACACUCGUGACACUGAAACAACAAUCACUAUAAUUCUGCCGUCGUUGGAAACCAGAACUCCUGUCAAAAAUGUGUACGUUGUGGUGGUUCCUCUACGGCGAGCCCGAGGCGUCAUCAAACACCUGAAAAGUCCAGACGAAAUGGACCUGGAAGAUCUGUUGAAAGACAUCAGUCAAAGGCAGAGGGAUUCCAGGCAGCAGAAGCAGGUGGAUCUGAAGCGGGCUUACAUCACGGCCCGUUUCACACCUGCCACCCUGCCAGCAUUCUUCACCCUGGGGGACCAGCUGGACUAUGGAGGCUUUCAGAACCAAGCGCUGGAUCCGGGGCAGGAGUACGUCUUCUUCAUCCUGGCUGAGCUAAACUCCACAACAGGGAAAAUGUACGUGGCCAGCCCUUACACCAGCCAAGUGACUGCCCCGCACUCCGACCCCCAGCCUUUUGAUGCCGGCGAUGGGCUGAUCUGGGUGGUGGGUCCUGUCCUGGCCGUGGUCUUCAUCAUCUGCAUCGUUAUUGCCAUCCUGCUCUACAAAAACAGCAAGCCUGACAGCAAGCGAAAGGACUCUGAGCCCGGAACCAAGAGCCUUUUGAGCAAUGCAGAAAUGAUGGCCCAUCAUCCAACCGACCCCGUGGCGAUGAGACGCAUCAAUUUCCAGACUCCUGGAAUGAUGAGCCACCCUCCCAUCCCCAUCGGCGAGCUGGCAGAGCACAUAGAGCUGCUGAAAGCCAACGACAACUUGAGACUUUCUCAAGAGUACGAGUCAAUCGACCCUGGUCAGCAGUUCACCUGGGAGCACUCCAACUUGGAGGUUAACAAAACCAAGAAUCGCUAUGCAAAUGUGAUAGCGUACGACCACACCAGAGUCAUCCUGUCGCCCAUAGAAGGCAUCCUGGGAAGUGACUACAUCAAUGCCAACUUCAUUGAUGGCUACAGAAAGCAAAAUGCCUACAUCGCUACCCAGGGACCACUGUCUGAGACAUUCGGGGAUUUCUGGAGGAUGGUGUGGGAGCAGCGAACGGCCUCAGUCGUCAUGAUGACACGACUGGAGGAGAAGUCCCGGAUAAAGUGUGAUCAGUACUGGCCGAGUCGCGGCACAGAGACCUACGGCAUGAUCCAAGUCACACUGCUGGACACAAUGGAGCUCGCCACUUUCUGUGUUCGCACCUUUUCCCUGCAUAAGAACGGAAACAGUGAGAGGAGAGAGGUGCGUCAGUUCCAGUUUACGGCCUGGCCUGACCACGGGGUGCCAGAGUAUCCUACCCCCUUUCUCAACUUCCUCCGCAGGGUCAAAGCCUGCAACCCUCCGGAUGCUGGACCCAUCAUUGCUCACUGCAGUGCUGGUGUUGGUCGCACCGGCUGCUUUAUCGUCAUUGAUGCCAUGCUGGAGCGCAUUCGACAAGAGCGCACCGUGGACAUCUACGGUCACGUGACGCUGAUGCGCUCGCAAAGAAACUACAUGGUGCAAACAGAAGACCAGUACAGCUUCAUCCAUGAGGCCCUGCUGGAGGCCGUGGCCUGCGGGAUCACCGAGGUGGCGGCGCGGAGUCUGUACUCCUACAUGCAGAAGCUGUCCAAGGUGGAGCCUGGAGAGCAUGUCCCAGGCAUGGAGCUGGAGUUUAAGCGCCUGGCAAACACCAAAGCCCACACAUCCCGGUUUGUCACAGCCAACCUGCCCUGCAACAAAUUCAAGAACAGACUGGUGAACAUAAUGCCCUAUGAAACCACCCGCGUCUGCCUACAGCCUAUCCGAGGUCUGGAGGGCUCUGACUACAUCAAUGCCAGUUACAUAGAUGGAUACAGGCAACAGCGAGGCUACAUCGCCACGCAGGGUCCUCUGGCUGAGACCACGGAGGACUUCUGGAGGAUGCUGUGGGAACACAACUCCACCAUAGUGGUCAUGCUGACUAAGCUGAGAGAAAUGGGACGGGAAAAGUGUCAUCAGUACUGGCCUGCUGAGCGCUCGGCCAGGUAUCAGUACUUUGUCGUCGACCCGAUGGCGGAGUACAACAUGCCUCAGUACAUCCUCAGAGAGUUCAAAGUUACAGAUGCUAGGGAUGGCCAGUCGAGGACGGUGCGUCAGUUCCAGUUCACCGAUUGGCCAGAACAAGGGGUGCCAAAAUCCGGGGAGGGUUUCAUCGACUUCAUCGGCCAAGUUCACAAGACCAAGGAGCAGUUCGGCCAGGAUGGACCGAUAACAGUUCACUGCAGCGCCGGUGUGGGGCGGACGGGUGUCUUCAUCACUCUGAGCAUUGUCCUGGAGAGGAUGCGUUAUGAAGGAGCAGUGGACAUCUUCCAAACUGUCAAAAUGCUGCGGACACAAAGACCAGCCAUGGUGCAGACGGAGGAUGAGUAUCAGUUCUGCUACCAGGCUGCUCUGGAAUAUCUGGGUAGCUUUGACCACUAUGCAACAUAAGAGCAGAGACAACCGUCCAUCCAUCGUUCCCUUUGACGUCCACGAAAACAACCCAACACAUGAACAGAGAGGAAAGGCCAGUCUGGCAUAACGUUGAACCUUUUGCAGAGUCCAGAUUUAAAGACCAAUUUUUCACCAACAACAAGAAGAAUGCCCAUCAGUAGUUUCUCUGCUGGGUGUGGAGAAUAUUCAUGUGUAAUCCAUAUACUUACCUCAGUGUUCCAGUGUGAAGGACAUAUAAUACAUGUGUGUUGUGGUCAGCUAUCUCCAAUAUGAACCAGUAACAUACAAAUGGCUUUUGAACAGGAGUUAUGAUACUCUGUGUGUAUAAUAAAAUACAAAAAGAUUUGAGGAAAAAAAAACACAAGCCUGGAUAUUUGCUGCACCCUAAAUGGGCUUUUUAUCUUCAACUUUGUAUCUAUUGGUUUAAUGUUCUAAAGGAGUUACAAAGUGAACAUUUCUAUGUAUCUGUGAGUCUGUUUGCGAGACAUCUACUGCCACCACAGGUAGUUCUGACAACAGUCUGAAGCACAUGACCGGAUUCUGCAUGAGCAGGAGCUUGGGUCUGGCCUCAUCACCCUGAGGACUGCAGAAGAAGCAUGUGGAUGCUCAUUUACUCCAUGCACAGUGCCAAGAGAAACCAUGCAGCGCGAACAUGAACUGUGGCCUAUAAGGAGACAUGGCUCCUUUUGUCAUAACAUGAAGUCAUAUCGCUCUGGAGGAAAAAAAAAAUAUAAAACGGUCAGUCUUCUGCCCCUGGUCUUGCUCUCAGAACAGCAAUUAAAACCCUCGGUAUCUUUAACUGGGCUGGGAUUUGUAGUCCAGUGCAUUUGCCACUUAACAAUGCCUGCUUGCUACCUGCUAUUGUUGUUGUUCAUGCUCCGGCUCUGCUCCUUUUUUGAUGUCAAUCCCCCGUGUCACUCAAGCAGUGGCUUAUUGAACAAGACGACGAAAGAACUGAGCUCAAGUUAGUUUAUGUCUCAGUUUUCUUCUUUUUUUUCACGUUUUUAAGGUAUUUUGUUGCCUUAUGUGGAUUUUUUUAACAUGCUGCUUCAUGUUUAUGUAUUGUGUACUAAGCUUUUUUAUCUAAUCUUUAUUUUUGUUUUGUUUUCUCCUCAGAAGUCUCCCUACUUGAACUGCAUUGCUUUGUAUUUAAGUUCACCAUGUUUGUUUUCAUAAUUAAGGAAAUUAAAGAUUAAUUAGUGCUCGCACUAAUCUUAGUUUUAUCUUUUUGUUUUUUUUACUCCAUCUGCAUUUUAACUUCAACAGAUCUGCUCUAUCACAACCUGAUGUGUUAUCAUAACUGGUCCCGUGUAAUGAAUAAACAGCACAGUGUGUCUGAAAUGUUGGGCAAACUCACUGUUUUUUGUACAUACAGUCUUCUCAUUGGAGUUCUUUACAGUACGGUUACAUAUGUCACACAAAUAUAAUGUAGGGGUUGGAUGUGAUGUAGUACUCAAUGUCGCAAAAAAGCCUUAUUGUUAUCGUUCACUCUGUCAUUUUUGUUUUGUAUCAGUUUCAGAUACAUUUGUUAUUCUUUUUGUUAUUUUUUUACAUUUAUUUGGGAUGUCCAAUAGUCAUGACCAAUACAAUAUUGUACCGUUUUUCUUUGAUGAGCCAACGUUGAAGGACAAUAUUGUCACAGUUUCUUUUAUAAUGGUCCGUUUUGGUGCUUUUUUUUAUUAUUUGCUUUGUUCUGAUGAAGUAUACCCUCUGUGCAGGGUGCUAUUUGAUACUGAUUACUGAUGUCUGAUUAGUUAGCUAGAGAUGUACAUUAGAGGCAGUUUAAGUUAUCAGUGAGCCCCUUUUGAUACCCUCAAUCUACAUGACACACAGCAAGGGGAUCAUGGAAGCAGAGGCAUGGUCCCAGGGGGAAAAGUUUAAAAAGCAUCAGAGAUGUUAUAGAUAUAUAGCGCCGGCUUAUCAGUGGAAAACUUCUGACAAACCGUGGAUGUUUAGUUUGCUUAAAGGCACAUGGUAGCAAGUGUAUUUUUGACCAAAUUAGGUGAGAGUUGCCUAGCUACACACGUUGCACACCCUGAGAAAGAUAUCGUUUGAAUUUGAAAUUAUUCUCUUAUGAACUCUAUGUGUGGUCCAGAAGUCUUGACGAUGUUUGACAUAUAUGAAAUAUGUUAUUCCUUUGUUUUCUAAUGAUUAUUGUGUCAAGAGAAAUAUAACAAGCACACUCGUAACCUACUAUGAAAUGUGUUGAGGGCCAGCUCUGAUGAUGCCAUCCCCCUCACUUAUGUACUUGUUCUUUCCUUUCAGACCAUAGAUGUAGAUAUUGUACCUUGGAAUUUGUAUUAAAAGCAGGAUGAUUGGAUAUACAGCA